CGCGCAGAGCGGCAGCGGCGACAGCAGGUGGGUCGCAGCAAGUCCUGCUGAGCCAUAUUCAGGCCCCAGAAGAGGUGCUGGGGGCUGGUUUGGUGUUCUUCUCAGCUGUCCACAAUGGCCCCUGGGAUGCCCAGCAUGAGCAGACUGGCACACUUUUGCCAAAAGCUGAACCGGCUGAAACCACUGGAGGAGUCCACCAUGGAGACAUCACUGAGGCGCUGCCUGUCCACACUGGACCUGACCCUGCUGGGCGUGGGUGGUAUGGUGGGCUCAGGCCUGUACGUGCUGACUGGCACCGUAGCCAAGGAGAUGGCCGGCCCUGCUGUGCUUGUGUCCUUUGGUGUGGCAGCUGUAGCUUCCCUCCUAGCAGCCCUGUGUUAUGCAGAGUUCGGGGCUCGUGUGCCCCGCACAGGCUCUGCUUAUCUGUUCACCUACGUGUCCAUGGGAGAGCUGUGGGCUUUCCUCAUUGGCUGGAACGUACUCCUAGAGUACCUCAUUGGUGGUGCCGCUGUGGCCCGAGCCUGGAGUGGCUAUCUGGAUGCUAUCUUCAGUCACCGCAUCAGAAACUUCACUGAGGCCCACAUGGGCGCCUGGCAGGUGCCAUUCCUGGCUCGCUACCCAGACUUCCUGGCUGCUGGCAUCCUACUUUUGGCCUCUGCCUUCGUCUCCUGUGGUGCCCGUGUCUCCUCCUGGCUCAACCAUAUCUUCUCUGCCGUCAGCCUGGUUGUCAUUCUCUUCAUCAGCAUCUUAGGGUUCGUCCUGGCCCGCCCACAUAACUGGAGCUCUGAAGAGGGCGGCUUUGCUCCCUUUGGCUUUUCUGGCAUCAUGGCUGGCACCGCCACCUGCUUCUAUGCCUUUGUGGGCUUUGAUGUCAUCGCUGCCUCCAGCGAGGAGGCUCGGAACCCUCAGCGGUCCGUACCUAUGGCCAUCGCCAUCUCACUUGGCCUGGCAGCUGGUGCCUACAUCCUCGUCUCCACUGUGCUCACCCUCAUGGUGCCCUGGCACAGCCUGGACCCUGACUCAGCGCUGGCAGAUGCCUUCUACCGGAGGGGCUACAGCUGGGCUGGUUUCAUUGUGGCAGCUGGCUCCAUCUGUGCCAUGAACACUGUCCUGCUCAGCAACCUCUUCUCCCUGCCACGCAUCGUCUAUGCCAUGGCAUCCGAUGGGCUCUUCUUCCAGGUGUUUGCCCGUGUGCAACCCCAGACCCAGGUGCCUGUGGUAGGCAUCCUGGUGUUUGGGGUCCUCAUGGCUUUCCUGGCACUGCUGCUGGAUCUUGAGGCACUGGUCCAGUUCCUGUCCAUUGGCACACUCCUGGCCUACACCUUCGUGGCUGCCAGUAUUAUUGUGCUACGUUUCCAGAAGGCGCCCCCAUCCAGUUCUUCAGACCCAUCCAGCCCUGGUCCUAUUGCCAAAGAGUACAACUCCUUCUCAGACCGCAUACAGCUGGUGGGCAUGGAGGAGGCCUUGGCCCCUGAGCCUGGGCAACUAAGGCCAGCCCUGAGGCCCUAUCUGGGGUUCCUGAGUGCCUAUAGCCCUGGAGCUGCUGUGUCUUGGGCACUUGGCAUCCUGGUAUCCUCAGCCAUCACCCUGGGAUGUGUGCUAAUCUUCGGACACUCGACCCUCCACCUUCCGUACUGGGGUUACACGCUAAUGCUCCUGCUCAGCACUGUUGUGUUUCUGCUCAGUCUCCUCGUCCUGUUGGCCCACCAGCAACAGCACCGGCAGGACACCUUCCAGAUCCCCAUGGUGCCCUUGACUCCAGCCCUCAGCAUCCUCCUCAACAUCUGCCUCAUGCUGAAGCUGAGCUACCUGACCUGGCUGCGCUUCUCCAUCUGGCUGCUGCUUGGACUUGCGGUCUAUUUUGGCUACGGCAUCUGGCACAGCAAGGAGAACCAGCGGGAGCAGCCAGGGCUGACUGCCACGCGCUACGUGGUGUUCCCCAGCGGCAGCCUGGAGGAGACGGUGCAGGCUGUGCAGCCCUGCAGCCAGGCCCCAACCCAGGAACCUGACCUCAUGGUACAGCCUGCCAGUCCAUGAAGCCAGCUGAAAACCUGCCCACUCUUGCCCUGCCACCCCUAUUUCAUCAGGAGGCUGGAGGGGCUGGGAGCCUUUUCUCUCUGAGACAGCUUGGGUUUGUAGGCCUGUUCAUGCUGGGGGUCCUCAGGACCUUAGGGCCUUAGCCAACAUGUGGUGGUCUCUUUGUCCAGCAUCUUCCAGUUUAUGACAAGCUCCAGCUACAUGGGCAGGUGGGGUGGGCUGGUGGGGAGAGGCCUCCAACCCCAAGGAUCCACAAUAAUAACUGCUUGGCCUGCCAUGAGGCCGUUGCUGUG